UCAUACACAAAUCCAUUUAAUCAAUUUUACAAAAUUAGUUUAAAUCAAAUCCCUCUCUAUAUAUAUUCAAUAUUUUCCUCUCUACUCUCACAAACACAAAUUCAAAAUCUCGCCUAAGAAAUUAAAUCUAUAUCAAUGGCAGACAUUUGCACUGAUCCCGGAAAAAGCUCAUGGCCGGAGCUGGUGGGGAUGAACGGAAAAGUGGCGGCCGAAAUAAUCGGAAGAGAAAAUACAAGCGUUGGUGUUGUGAUAGUGAAGGAAGGGAUGGCGGUGACGAUGGAUUUCCGAUGUGAUAGGGUUCGAGUUUGGGUUGACAAACAUGGAAUUGUCAAGGACACUCCUCAUAUUGGUUAAUCAUUUGUUUUUACCAUAAACUUUGUUCUUAAUUAAUAAUGUAUCAUAAUAAAUAAAUAAAAAUAUGGUAUAGCGGUUGUUAUAAUUAAAUAAAAUGAAAAUAUUUGUACUUGCCAAUAAAUAAAAGUGCUUUGUUAUUUUA